AUGGAAACCCUUGCUGACAUCGAGGACCCCAAUGUCCAUUUUAAAAUUGCACAUCUAUUUCUCAGUCAACUGGACCAGAUCCAUUACGAAGGAUCUGAUGUGAAAUACUCACAAAAUUUACCCAAGUUGGAUCUUUUACGGGCCAUUGCAAAAUUAUAUGUCGUCUCAAUGUCAUUUAAUUCACUGACCCGUGACUUAACAGAAGACCCGAGAUUCCAAGCCAACCACCUGAAAAAUCUCCAAGAAAGCUACCGGGCAGCGACGCACCUCAUACAUGUUUUCAAAAUCAGUAAUGUCAACGAAAUUGAAGACAGGGCCGGAGAUAUGGAGUAUCAACCUGACCUAUACUUCACACCCCUUUUCCAUGCAACAACAGUACUAUUCCGGUAUCUAGCCACAUUUCCUCGUUCCUCUGGGGAGAACUAUAUCUAUGCUAUUGAAAGCAUGAAAGACGCCCAUUUGAUAUUUCAGUCAUUUCCGAAACGGAGAGAGUUUGCUCGUGCCGCAAUUCACAUAGAGGCACUUAUGGAUAUUCUUAAAAAAGGGAUUUCGGUUGGGAGUAUGGAUAGGUUGGUUGUGCGGAACAAGCUUGGUGCUUCCGUCAUGUUCGACGCUAUUUUUCAUGCUUGCAGCCAGAGGAAUCUUGACCCGAGAACUGGAGAGCCUCGGGCUGUUCGAGAGUGGAAGACUGUCAAUGAGACUUUUGCUGAGAGACUUCCAAAUAUUCCCAAAGUGAGGGCAAAAGACCCUUCAUUAUUAUCUAGCUCUGUGGACUUCGAAACAACAUCAGGUCAACAAGCGAUUGCUCCAUAUACCCAAAAUCCAGAGUGGUGGGAGGAAUGGGACAAGUACAUCGAUCUAUUUCAAGUCGGGGAUGAACAAAUGGACAUUGAGUUUUGA